UGGCGGACGGAGCUCGAAUAUUGACUCUCUUUAACAAGCCUUUUUAUCCUCCAAGUUGCAGUUAUACAUUUUUCAGGAGAAGAGAGUAAGGACAAUAUAAUUAUUUGUGCAAUGGAUCCCGGUAUUGGGAAAGGACCAGUCUCAAAUCAUUCCAUGCAUCCAGAAGCCAUUGGACGUGGUGGUUUGACCCAUUCAGCCCUGGAAGCUCUGCUGGUGGAUCCAGGAACAUUGUUAGGGCACUCACUCCCGGGCUUUAUGUGCACGUUCUUUGGCUUGUUUUGGACCUACAGUAUCCUUCACAAGUAUCACGUUGCAAGGAGAGGAGCCAUUCUGCUUGGCAAAGGAAGUUAUAAAUCAAGUUUCAAAAACACUCUCUUCUCGACGUAUUACGCUUGUCACUGCACCAACGUUCCCAUGGACGCAUACAUCUUGCUCAUUUGCACAAGUACCGCUUUUAUUGCUGAAUUCUUCGGGGGCUUCAGAGGGGGCGAAUUCGUUUUGAUGUCCAACACGCAUCACAUGAGCAUUUAUUUCUUCUACGGGCUCACUGCCUUCGUCCACAUCCUCAUGUGCCGCAAGCAUCCCAUCCCUGUUAACUCCGACUACGCGUUGUUCAUCGUCGCAUGCAUCGUGGAGGCGCUUCUGUUCCAGGGCCACAUCGUCGGUCGGGGAGCGAUCAAUGCCAAGAUACACAUGCUGCUGGUGUACACUGUUAUGGUGACGGUCGGUUUUCUGGUGCUGGAGAUGGCUGCGCGGCGCAAUGUUUUAGUCAGCCUUGGAAGAGCUUCAAGCUUUUUAGUGCAGGUAAAACCGAUAAUAACUUGAAAA